AUGACAACGACGAUGUUCAAAUGGACCCGUGCACUUUCUCGCGAAGGUUUUACGACAACGAAAUUCUAUUUCUCGGAUUUACACAAAUCAUCGUAUUACAUAAAUCAAAUCGUACGACCUAUUUACAUCGUGAUUAUAUCUAAUGACAAUGAUAUUAGUGAAUUCUCUUCAGCAACCGAUACCUUCGAUAUGUCAUUUGCCGUGUGGCUAGUUUUAUUCGUUUACAAGGGACAUGAUCCCGAUUAUUGUCACAAUCCACCAGAUAACAUAUUUCAUUUGAGAUUCGAUUCGCAUUUGAUAGUACGUUGCGGUACAGAUACUAUUUUACGAGAAUGGUACUCGAUUAAAACUAAUCAAACCGAAAUCCGUGAUCUAGCUACUUUGAAUUUGAAGAAAGGAGUCACUAAAAUAAUUUCGAAUUCUCUUUACGACAGAAACUAUAAUUUACAGGGUUUGACCAUGAGAGCCGUCUUAAUUAAGGCUUCACCGUUCGUACACAUAAACGAGGCUGGCGAAUUAGACGGGUUAUUAGGUAGAAUGUUAAUGGAAUUUUCUAUAACUUUGAAUUUUAGUUUUGAAAUUGUUUCGGAGAUAGAAACGUAUGGAACAUGGAACCCAGAAAAUAACACUUGGUCCGGUGGAAUUGGUGAAUUAUACUCUGGACGUGGAGACAUUUCUUUGUCAGGCUUUAGUAUGACAAAUGCCAGAUUGAAUGCCGUUGACUUCACCUUUCCUUUUGUCACUUCAAAAUUCUUUCUCUACAUACAGGAACCAGAGAUAUUCACGAUCAAAUGGACAUCUUAUUUUACUUUCUCUCGAUCUAUUUGGAUCACUAUAUUGGCGGUAUUAAUCCUUACAUGGAUUUUACUAAUUUUUCUCAAAGUAAAGAUUAGAGAUGAUUGUAGCAUGGGACAAUUAUUAUCCAACAAUUUUCUGGAGAUUUGGGGUAUAUUUUGUCAACAGGGACUGAAAGAUUUUCCUGAAAGAUCAUCAUUAAGAAUAGCAUACUUCUCUAUAAAUCUACUGGCAAUCAUCUUAUUGGCUACUUAUUCUGCGUCUUUGAUUAGCUAUUUAACGGCCGGUAUUCACAUUUUACCUUUUAAUUCAUUAGAGAGCUUCGUUCAAGAUAACACUUAUCAAUUGUGCGUCCUUCGCGAUUCGGCUGAAUACGAUACAUUUGCCAAUUCGAAUGGUUCACUUGAAAAGAACUUGAUGAAGUUGAUGUUGGACAAGGAAAAAUUGCCAAUAAGUAUACCCGAAGGAUUUGUAAAAGUUUGUAAUAAUCAUAAACUAGCAAUCUUGACGUCGAAGAUAGUGAAGGAUAUUUUAGUUCGUAAAUCGCCAUGUAAUAUUGUUUCUGUUGAUACGGGACGUUUAAACGCAGUUGGCAUCAUUUUAUCUAAACGCAAUCCAUUUACCCAUUUCAUCAAUUUUCAGUAA